CCGCCGCCCGCCGCCCGCGGCUCUCCGCAGAGGAGGCGGCGAGAGAGCGCGCGCCGGCCGGCCACACGGUUUCUCUUUCUCCCCAGGGAGAGCGCGCGGCGGACGCGCCCCGGACGCGCGGCGGCACCGGGAGGCCGUGCAGGGCGUCCAUAGGUUCAGUUUCAAAUGUGAAUGGCAGUAAACUAAUAUCCAAGAUUUCUGUAUAAGAAGUAGAUCGAAAGGACUGUACUUUCAGGUGUUGAGAGAAUACCUCAAGUUGGACUCAAAAGCAGGAUUCAUUACUAACUCUGACGUGGAAGAAGGUACUUGCUCAGUUAGCUGCAGCCUGUCCCAGAAAAUCAUUGUAGUGUAACUGCGUCAAGCUGGUUUACAAGCAAGAGGAACAGAGUGUGCAGAUUUUAUUUAUUUAUUCACGAGAGACACACAGAGAGAGGCAAAAACAGGCAGAGGGAGAAGCAGACUUCCUGUGAGGAACCCGAUGUGGGACUCAAUCCCAAGACACCAGAAUCACACCCUGAGCCAAAGGCAGAUGCUCAACCACUGAGCCACCCAAGUGUCCUGGUUAUUCAUUCUUCAUAUGGAUGCUACUGUCUAAAUUUCUGCAGCCAUGGCACAAGAAUAUAAGAAAGCAUGGGAUUGUGGCAGUCACGGAGUCCCCGUAAUACAAGUUCCAUUCAGUUUUUUCUGAAAGAAAGCUGUCUGUGAAAGUAAAGCAAAGGAACCAUUGUGGAUUAUAAUGUUGUGGAGAUCUGGAUUUUCAGCGGUUUGGAAAUAAAGGAUCGUUUCACCUUUUAAAUGAAAAAGAUUAAGAUCUCAUGCAACUGCUGUGUUUUCUGGAAACCGUUCUCCAAAAGGGAAGUGCACAUUUAAAACUUAGAUAUGAUGGUCCUUGGUGGAGGGAUUUGAGUCUGAUUGCUUCUACAUCAUGACCAGCUUGAAACGGUCGCAGACAGAGCGGCCUGCUGCCCCCGAAAGGGCCUCGGUUGUCACCACAGAUGGCGCUCCCAAAGUCCACUCUGACGACUUCUACAUGCGGCGCUUCAGGUCCCAGAACGGCAGCUUAGGGUCCUCGGUCAUGGCUCCGGUAGGGCCCCCCCGAAGUGAAGGUUCUCACCAUAUAACCUCCACCCCCGGAGUCCCCAAGAUGGGGGUUAGGGCUAGGAUUGCGGAUUGGCCCCCAAGAAAGGAGAAUGUUAAAGACUCGAGCCGUUCAAGCCAGGAAAUAGAAACCUCAAGUUGCCUUGAGAGCCUGUCCUCCAAAAGCAGUCCUGUGAGUCAGGGAAGUUCUGUUAGCCUCAAUUCCAGUGACUCAGCCAUGCUGAAGAGCAUUCAGAACACGCUGAAGAACAAGACGAGGCCGGCGGAGAACAUGGACUCCAGAUUUCUCAUGCCCGAGGCCUACCCCAGCUCGCCGAGGAAGGCUCUCCGCAGGAUCCGGCAGCGGAGCAACAGCGAUAUCACCAUAAGUGAACUUGACGUGGAUAGCUUCGAUGAAUGUAUCUCGCCCACAUACAAGACGGGGCCCUCACUGCACAGGGAAUAUGGUAGCACCUCGUCGAUCGACAAGCAGGGAACGUCGGGGGAGAGCUUCUUCGACCUGUUAAAGGGCUACAAAGACGACAAGUCCGAUCGGGGUCCCACUCCAACCAAGCUCAGUGACUUUCUCAUCGCCGGUGGGGGCAAGGGCUCCGGUUUCUCUCUGGAUGUUCUCGACGGGCCCAUCUCCCAGAGAGAGAACCUCAGGCUGUUUAAGGAAAGGGAAAAACCACUCAAGCGCCGUUCCAAAUCUGAAACUGGAGACUCGUCCAUUUUUCGGAAAUUACGCAAUGCCAAAGGUGAGGAACUUGGGAAAUCGUCGGAUCUCGAAGACAACCGGUCGGAAGACUCUGUCCGGCCCUGGACGUGCCCAAAGUGCUUUGCCCACUACGAUGUCCAGAGUAUAUUAUUUGACUUGAACGAGGCGAUUUUGAACAGGCACAAUGUUAUCAAGAGGAGAAACACCACCACGGGGGCAUCGGCCGCUGCCGUGGCCUCCCUGGUCUCGGGCCCUCUGUCCCACUCGGCCAGCUUUAGCUCCCCGAUGGGCAGCACGGAGGACCUGAAUUCCAAGGGGAGCCUCAGCAUGGACCAGGGAGACGAUAAGAGCAAUGAACUGGUAAUGAGCUGCCCGUAUUUUCGGAAUGAGAUCGGUGGAGAAGGCGAAAGGAAGAUCAGCCUGUCAAAAUCCAAUUCUGGUUCAUUUAGUGGGUGUGAAAGCGCCUCCUUUGAGUCUACGCUUAGUUCCCAUUGCACAAAUGCAGGAGUGGCAGUACUCGAGGUGCCCAAAGACAACCUCGUGUUGCAUCUGGACAGGGUCAAGAGAUACAUCGUGGAGCAUGUGGAUCUGGGUGCAUACUACUACAGGAAAUUCUUCUAUCAGAAGGAACACUGGAACUAUUUUGGGGCCGAUGAGAAUCUUGGUCCAGUGGCUGUGAGCAUUCGAAGGGAAAAACCAGAAGAAACAAAGGAAAAUGGAUCUCCAUACAACUACCGAAUAAUUUUUAGAACCAGUGAGCUCAUGACACUGAGAGGCUCGGUCCUGGAGGAUGCCAUUCCCUCAACGGCAAAGCACUCGACAGCCAGAGGCCUGCCCCUGAAGGAAGUGCUGGAGCAUGUGAUUCCUGAGCUUAAUGUCCAGUGCCUGCGGCUGGCCUUCAAUACCCCCAAGGUCACAGAGCAGCUCAUGAAACUGGAUGAACAAGGACUGAACUAUCAGCAGAAGGUUGGCAUCAUGUACUGCAGAGCCGGACAGAGCACUGAAGAAGAGAUGUACAACAAUGAGUCAGCCGGCCCGGCCUUUGAGGAAUUCCUUCAGCUAUUGGGAGAGCGUGUUCGGCUCAAAGGAUUUGAGAAGUAUCGUGCGCAGCUUGACACCAAAACUGACUCCACUGGAACCCAUUCUCUGUAUACAACAUAUAAAGACUAUGAAAUUAUGUUCCAUGUUUCCACCAUGCUGCCAUACACGCCUAACAACAAGCAACAGCUCCUACGGAAGCGACAUAUUGGAAAUGAUAUUGUAACAAUUGUUUUCCAAGAGCCAGGAGCACAGCCAUUCAGCCCAAAAAACAUCCGAUCCCACUUCCAGCACGUUUUCGUCAUUGUGAGGGUUCACAACCCCUGCACAGACGGUGUCUGUUACAGUGUGGCCGUCACCAGGUCCAGAGACGUGCCUUCCUUUGGACCUCCCAUCCCCAAAGGGGUCACUUUCCCUAAGUCAAACGUGUUCAGGGACUUCCUUCUGGCCAAAGUGAUUAACGCAGAAAAUGCUGCUCAUAAAUCAGAAAAGUUUCGGGCCAUGGCAACUCGGACACGCCAGGAAUACCUGAAAGAUCUGGCAGAAAAGAAUGUCACCAACACCCCUAUUGACCCAUCUGGCAAGUUCCCAUUCAUCUCUCUGGCCUCCAAGAAGAAGGAGAAGUCCAAGCCAUACCCAGGAGCUGAGCUCAGCAGCAUGGGGGCCAUUGUGUGGGCUGUCCGGGCCAAAGACUACAACAAGGCCAUGGAAAUAGACUGCCUGUUAGGGGUCUCCAACGAGUUCAUCGUUCUCAUCGAGCAGGAAACAAAGAGUGUGGUUUUCAACUGUUCCUGCAGAGACGUGAUAGGGUGGACCUCAACUGACGCCAGCCUCAAAGUCUUCUAUGAGCGAGGAGAAUGUGUUUCGGUGGAGAGUUUAAUUAAUAAUGAGGAUAUCAAAGAGAUUGUCAAAAGGUUGCAGUUUGUGUCAAAAGGUUGUGAAUCGGUGGAGAUGACUCUGCGAAGGAAUGGGCUAGGGCAGCUUGGCUUCCAUGUCAACUAUGAGGGCAUCGUGGCAGAUGUAGAGCCCUACGGCUACGCCUGGCAGGCGGGGCUGAGGCAGGGCAGCCGGCUGGUAGAGAUCUGCAAGGUGGCGGUGGCCACCCUGAGCCACGAGCAGAUGAUUGAUCUCCUGAGAACAUCCGUCACGGUCAAGGUCGUCAUCAUCCCCCCUCACGAUGACUGCACCCCACGGAGGAGUUGCUCUGAAACCUACCGCAUGCCAGUGAUGGAAUACAAGAUGAAUGAAGGGGUAUCAUACGAAUUCAAGUUUCCCUUCCGAAAUAAUAACAAAUGGCAGAGGAAUGCCAACAAGGGGCCUCAUUCGCCUCAAGUCCCCUCGCAGGUGCAGAGUCCCAUGACCUCGAGGCUGAAUGCUGGGAAAGGAGACGGGAAGAUGCCUCCUCCAGAAAGAGCCGCCAACAUCCCUCGAAGCAUCUCCAGUGACGGACGCCCGCUGGAGAGGCGGCUGUCUCCUGGUUCCGACAUCUACGUGACAGUCUCAUCCAUGGCUCUAGCAAGGUCCCAGCAGUGCCGUAACUCCCCGAGCAACCUGUCUUCAUCCAGCGAGACUGGCUCUGGUGGAGGCACUUACAGGCAAAAAUCCAUGCCCGAAGGGUUUGGAGUAAGCCGCAGAUCACCAGCCUCCAUCGACCGACAGAACACCCAGUCAGAUAUUGGUGGCAGCGGGAAAUCCACGCCCAGCUGGCAAAGAAGUGAGGAUAGCAUUGCUGACCAAUUGGAGCCAACGUGCCAUCUUCCAGCAGUAUCAAAGGUACUGCCUGCGUUCCGAGAGAGCCCCAGUGGGAGGUUAAUGCGGCAGGAUCCGGUGGUCCAUUUGUCUCCAAACAAACAAGGGCAUUCCGAUAGCCACUACUCGAGCCACUCCAGCAGCAAUACCCUCUCCAGCAAUGCAUCGAGUGCCCACAGUGAUGAGAAGUGGUACGACGGGGACCGCACCGAAUCCGAGCUUAACAGCUACAACUAUCUGCAAGGCACGUCUGCCGACAGCGGCAUUGACACCACCUCCUACGGCCCCAGCCAUGGCAGCACAGCCUCCCUGGGGGCCGCCACGUCGUCCCCUCGCUCAGGGCCAGGCAAGGAGAAAGUGGCACCCCUGUGGCACAGUUCCAGCGAAGUGAUCGCCGUGGCUGAUCGGACUUUAGAGACAGAGGGCCUCGGCCUGGAACGGAAGACCGAGUCCUCCCUGAGCUUGGAUAUCCACAGCAAGAGCCAGGCCGGCUCAAGCCCCCUGACAAGGGAGAACAGCACUUUCAGCAUAAAUGAUGCUGCUUCCCACACGAGUACCAUGAGCUCCCGACACUCUGCCAGCCCGGUGGUCUUCACCAGUGCCAGAAGUUCCCCUAAAGAAGAGCUUCAUCCUGCCACAUCACAGCUCGCACCUUCCUUCCCCUCCUCGUCCUCCUCCUCUUCUUCGUCCGGCCCUAGGACCUUCUACCCUCGCCAGGGCGCGACCAGCAAGUACCUGAUUGGGUGGAAAAAACCCGAAGGAACCAUAAACUCCGUGGGAUUUAUGGACACGAGAAAGCGCCAUCAGAGUGACGGCAACGAGAUAGCGCACACGAGGCUGCGCGCCUCGACCAGGGACCUCCGGGCGUCCCCCAAGCCGGCCUCCAAGUCCACCAUCGAGGAGGACCUCAAGAAACUCAUCGACCUGGAAAGCCCCACCCCCGAAUCCCAGAAGAACUUUAAGUUCCAUGCACUCUCCUCUCCUCAGUCUCCAUUUCCUCCCACCCCCACCUCAAGACGGGCCCUGCACCGAACUCUGUCAGAUGAGAGCAUAUACAGUGGCCAGAGGGAGCACUUCUUCACCUCCAGGGCUUCACUUCUGGACCAAGCCCUGCCCAACGACGUCCUCUUCAGUAGCACAUACCCUUCUCUUCCCAAGUCUCUCCCAUUGCGGAGGCCUUCUUACACCUUGGGAAUGAAGUCGUUGCAUGGAGAGUUCUCGGCCUCAGACAGCUCCCUCACUGACGUCCAGGAGACCCGAAGGCCUCCCAUGCCUGACCCUGGCCUGAUGCCCCUGCCUGACACUGCUGCGGAUUUAGAUUGGUCCAACUUGGUGGAUGCUGCCAAGGCCUACGAGGUCCAGAGAGCCUCCUUCUUUGCUGCUAGUGACGAAAGCCACCGGCCCUUAAGUGCUGCAUCCAAUGGUGACCAGCUUGAGGAGCAGGCUCUGGCCCAGAUGAAGUCUUAUAGCAGCAGUAAAGAUUCCUCCCCCACUCUGGCUUCUAAAGUGGACCAGCUGGAAGGUAUGCUGAAGAUGCUCCGGGAAGAUUUGAAGAAGGAGAAGGAAGACAAAGCCCACCUGCAGGCAGAGGUCCAGCACUUGCGGGAGGACAACCUGAGACUGCAGGAGGAGUCCCAGAACGCCUCCGACAAGCUGAAGAAAUUCACGGAAUGGGUCUUCAAUACCAUAGACAUGAGUUAGGGCGAGCAGCCAUGGCCAGUCGGGCCAGGGGGCCCCGGGGUGCGCUCUAGUGAGGCCCGGCAGUCCCUCAGCCCUGCCACUGGACGCCUUCUCCGCACACCCGCCCUCGCUUCCUACUUCGGCCCCUUUUGGGGAGCGCACAACACAACAAUUGCAGAUCAACAAUCAUUAUCUGCCUUUUGUAGAAAAGAAAAACAAAAAAGUAAAUAAAAAUUUUAAAAAGUAAAAUAAAAGUUUAACUGCUAAAAUGUGAAUGUCUUUAUUUUUUUGCACAAUAUCUUUAUCUGUUACGUAUUUAAAAAAGAAAGUGGGCCAAGGCGCCCUGGCCCAUCUGCCUCUAUUUCCAUAGCUCUUACGAGUUCAGGUAACCCAAGCUUUCCCUCGUUAUACUGACAAAUGUCAUUGCUCCUAGGAAAAUAGAGUUUUUUUUAAUUGUUUAUUUGGGGAGGGGGGUUUCCUUACCUUUAUUCCUAAAAUGCCUGGGGAGGGCGGUGCUUUGAGAAAAUGCCUUCCUCCCCUGAACGACCUGUGCAUGAGCUAGCGCCCUUGAGCCCCUAUCUCCCCAUGUCCGUGUCUGGCAGGGGCAGAGUCAGCGCCCCAGAGACAGAGCCAGGGCCUCGCGCCAUGCCCCUUUGCGGUCCUGCAUUGUGACGUCACUCCCCCCUUCCUUUCCUGGGGGAGAUGGGCCCAGGUGUGCACUCCUCAGAACUAGAGCCCUUUUGAUCUGGUUUAAGGGAGUCCCAUCCAAUUGGAAUCCGCGCCCCUCCAGCUUCCUGGCUCCAAACAUUAAUUGGUUUCAGAAUCCCUCCAGAGUGAAAUCUUACAUGUAUGCAUUUUGGUUCAAAGUAUAGCUUUUGUUUGAGAUGUGUAAAGAUGAAAAUGUGGCAAAAUUGUAUUGUUAGCAUACUCAAAAUGGCCAGAUUAAUCCUUUCCAAAGCCAGACUUCACCAGUACUUAUAACUAGGGAAAGUGAAUGUUAAAUUGUUUAAUACUUGCUUGUUGGGAGCAACGACUGUGAUCCUAGGACAGGCUUAUGAAACCUGCAUGUCCUGGUGUGCACUUGAAGCACGGUGUUUCCCGAAUCCUUUUGUGGCCAGCCAGAGGAUUCUGUUGCAGAAAUGAUUGAUGUGCUGUUUUUCCUGUCUAGUGAUGCAGCUGCUCUGGGCCUCUGGCCAUUGUCCCAAGGCCCCCAGCCCUGCAGACAGACACACUGGGCCCACCAGUGUUGAGGGACCCGGGGAGCCCCUGGUGGCCUUGUUUCUUGCCUUCAUAAAAUGUCAUGCAGCUGACACCCGUGUCCCUUCAGUGGCAACCUUGAUGUAGGGAACGUUCAGCAAUUUAGUGUCAUCUGCUUGGAAGCUCCCCACCCCAAGUAAUCUCAGCUCCUUCCUCCAUCCCUGAGAGAAACGGGAUGGAUUUUCCCUCUACUCCUCCCACCCCCUCCACCAGACUUUUAUGGUUUCAUUCAUGAUUGUGAUUUUUUUUCCAUGGAAUUUUUUUUUCGGGUGACAUUUCCAUCAUGGAAAUAGGAAGAUUUCGGAGUGCUUUGUAAAGAUCUCAAUUGUCUGUCUCUUUUCUCUCUUUGACUUGUAUGAAGGAGAUUGUUACGUUGUCUGGUAUCUCUUUGUAAAUGAGAAAUAUCGCUAACAUCCAAGCAUUCUGAAGUCUUGCUGAUCCUUCCGAGUUUUAGUUUUUAUUUAGUCUUUCAUUUGUUUGGGGGCUUGGGGCAAGCUAUUUAUUAGAGUUUUGCAACAGAGUUCUUGUUUGAAGUCUUUAAAGACUACUUGUAAAAUUCAAACAAUAAAAUUCAUUUUAAACGCUC